AUGUGGAGCCCUCCAAACCCCGCAGAUGGUGUUCGUGGCUGCGGCGUGUCCUGGGAUUUUCUUCAAAAAAGGACCGACCUCCAUCAAGAAAAGGGAGUCUCCUCAGGUUCUGGCAACACCAGUCCCUCUAAGCCUGGGAUGAAGUUCAACCUGGAAUGCUUUGGACUGCCCAACAUUGGAAACAGUUGUUAUCUGAACGCCACUGUCCAGAGCCUCAUGACCUUAGAGCCGUUUAUGAUGAGCAUGAGCUCUCAGGAGAACCUCUGGAGGGACAACACAGAGGCAGGUCUGUUGAGACAUCUUCAUGCCCUCCGAGAGGCCAGAUACUCCACUGACAUGGACCAGAGGGUGAGGCUGGUGGUCUCUUUGAAGGCCCUCAUUGCAUCCAAGGCCCUGGAGUACACAGGGUUUCAACAGAAAGAUGCUCACGAGUUUCUUACCGUGUUGUUGGAACAAAUUCAAAGUUUGAGGCCAACAAUGCAGAGCUUUGCCUCCAGCCUGGGCACGAUCUACAGCUGCCCAGUGCAAAAUCUGAUCUUCAACAUGGACUGGACCAGGACCUGCCAGAGGUGUGGAACAGGCUCGUCUCAAACGCAGAUCUUUAACAGCCUGUCUUUGACUCUGCACCGCGGUGCUACAACUCAGGAGCUUCUUGAGGAUAAUUUAAAAGCCACAGAGCUGCAGUUUAAGUGCAUAUGUGGAUCUGAAAUCUCACACCAGCAAACAUCCUUUUCAACACUGCCAAAUGUUCUCAUUCUCCGCCUGAAGAGAAUCAGAUAUUCGCCCUCAUACGAGCUGGAGAAAGUGAGUGAUGCCGUACAUCUGAACAGAGACAUCGUGGUGACAUCAAGAGACGACGCAGGAUGUUUCAGUUUGGUGGGGAUCACUUCCCACAUUGGAUCCUCUCCCCACUAUGGACACUACAUCUUUGAUGGGCGAGACAUGUCCGACAGUCCCCAUGAGCCUGAUGGGUGGCUGUCGUAUAAUGACGACCACGUGGAGAGGUGCACUGGGAGCCAGGUCUGCAGGAGCAGACAGAGCAUUGCAUAUAUGCUCUUUUACCAGAGGGUCGUCUGCAACUAG